AUGGCCAUAGCUCCAAGUUUCAAUCAGCUUGUUGGUGUUUGUAUAUCACAUUCACUGAUCACUUCUUAUGUGGUGGAUAUAAAAUCGUGUAUCCCCUUCACUACAAGUUCUGAAAAUCAUAUUGAGUCAAAUAAAGGUGUAUGUGAGCAAGCUGCUUCUCAGUUGGCCAAUAGUAAUGUAAAUGCAAUGAGAAAUGAUACCGGUAUGAGUGACAAUAAUAAUAAUAACAUCCCUUCAAUGCAAACGGUACAACCUUUGUGUGAUAACAAUAACUCUAUGAGCUAUUCUCAGCAAAACAGUGAACGUUCAUUCACUCGUUGUGGCUCAUCUGUUUCAAAAGUUCAAAACUCCAUAAGUCGUAAGAGCUUCUGUCUUGUUGCUGAAGAGAAUCUUCAAAAUGUUAUGAGUUGCUAUGAAUUUAUAUGUUUAGAAGAUCCUACUGAUCCGGAUGCUCGUCUACCGUAUCAACCAACCAAUGACGACAGUGAUUUACUAAAUUCAGCUGAUAUAACUGAUCCAGAUGAAUAUGAUAGAAUAUUCAAGCCAAACCAUACUGUCCCACGUAGCCCUCAAUCAACAGCUAUGGUGUCUAAACGACUUGUUUCGGCUGAAUAUGAGACUAGUUCAAUUGUGAAACCGAAUUUGAAUCUUCCUCCCUCGUCGUCAAACAGUGUAAUUUCCAAAGCUUCCGAAACCAAGUGUGUCCAGUCAAAUAUUCUGUCUGACCGAUACACAUCGGACAGACCAUUUACUCCUCCAACUACUACUACUCCAGCUUCUGUAUCUAAAAGAACCAAUACAAGUGCUGUUUCACUAACAGGUCGUAUAACUUCGAAUCCGGUACGACCACCUGAAGCGAUAGAAGUAGAAGAAUUUUUACCACAACCAUCUUCGAUGCUGAUGGAGACGGCAUUGAAUCCAGUCCUUCAAAAUCUGAAAAACCCGGCAGCUGACAAAAUAGCAAUCUCCAUGAACCGUCAGAAGCAGAAUUAUUAUUGA